AUGGCCGAUGGCGCCGCGCCACUGCUACCCUCCAACUCCGGUGAUAGAACAGGAAUCUCGCAGGAAUCCAGCGAACCUUCUUUUAAUAAGAAGAAGACUCCGGCCAACUUCAUCAACGACGCUAUCGAACGAUAUAUGGAUGCCGCCGCCGGCCCCACUCAUCUCCUUCUCCCUACUCUCGCCGCCUUUGCAUGGUUCUUCGACGCCCAGCAAGCUUUCAUAAGCAUCUUCUCGGACGCCUCGCCGCCAUGGCACUGCACCACCUCCGCGUGCACUACCUCCAUCACUCCCUGUAAUUUUCCCUACUCCUCCUGGUCCUAUUCCCUUCCCCGACACGUCUCCACCAUGUCCGACUUCUCCCUCUACUGCGCCUCCCCUGUUCUCCUCGGCCUCCCCGCCUCCGCCUUCUUCGGCGGCUGUCUCUUCGGCGGUCUCCUCCUCGCAACCAUCGCUGAUUCCCAACUCGGCCGCAAAAAAACCCUCGUACUAACCACCCUUUUCAUGUCCAUAGCCUCGGCUCUCACCGCCUUCUCCCCCAACGUCGCCGUUUACGCCACCCUCCGCUUCGUCUCCGGCUUCGCCCGAGCCAACAUCGGCACCUGCGCGUUCAUCCUCUCCUCCGAACUCGUCCCUCGCCGCCGCCGCGACCUAAUCAGCAUCCUCAACUUCUUCUUUUACACCAUCGAUCGGCUUCCUCUCCCUACCCGCCAUUGCUUUCAAUCCCCUCGCUGGCUUCUAGUAAAAGGAAGAGCGGAAGAAGCCAUAGAAACACUUAAAAAUCUCACCUUUUGCGAGAAGCAGAGCUUCUCCGAUUUGAAAGAGAUCGAAAUCACAGGGGCGGCGGAAAACAAUAUCUUCUCGGCAGCGAGUAUUCUAUGUGGGAAGCGAUGGGCAGUCCGGCGGCUGGCAGCGAUUACAGCGGUGAGCUUCGGCGUCGGCAUGGUUUACUACGGCAUGCCGCUAAAUCUCGGUAACCUUAGCGCCGAUCUUUACCUCAGCACGGCGCUGAACGCCGUCGCCGAGCUGCCAUCAUCGCUGGCCGCAUUCUUGAUUGCCCGGUGGAUGAAAAGGCGGAGCUCGAUGGUGGCGUUCACAACGGUGAGUGGAAUCUGUAGCAUUAUCUGUACUUUAAUGGCGGGCGGUGGAUGGUCGGAAAUGGCGGUGGAGUUGGCAUCGUUCUUUGCGGCGUGUACGGCGUGCAAUGUGUUGAUUAUAUAUAGCGUGGAGUUGUUUCCGACUUGCGUGAGGAACUCGGCGAUAGCGGUGGUGAGACUGGUGAUAGUGCUCGGCGGUGCUGUGGCGCCGGUGAUGGUGGCGAUGGGCAGGCAGAGGAGGUUUCUGUCUUUUGGGGUGUUCGGUGCUGUGAUAUUGUUCGCCGGAUUGUUCGCCGGUUUCUUACCGGAAACGAAGGGGUGUGGAAUCAGUGAUACGAUGGAGGAGGAAGAAAUCAAAGAGAUAGCGGCGAGGAAUGCCGGGCCAUGA